AUGUCUGAUAUUUGUUACGAGGACGACGCGUUGGCUUGUGAAACGAGGCCGUCGUGGAAGAGCCGGAGACGAAGGAUCGGUGUUCAGAGAUGCAGGAUGUCUCCGUCAGAGAUGAAUAAGACGGUGGCGGCUGAAGAUACAGAGGGGAUCUAUAAGCGUAAUAAGCAAGAUGAGUACGAUUUUAUGAACUGUGCAUCGCCUCCUCGGAGCUCACCUGAAGGUUGUUCAGAAGGAGACGAGAGUUUAUUACUUGAUGGGGAGAUUAGGAGAGAUGAAAACAAUAUCUCCGGCGAAAAUUCAUCGGUUAUUGGAGUUGUUCCGUCUAAGAGAACGGUGAGAGAGACGGAUGCGAGGCCUAGAUACGGCGUCGCAUCAGUGUGCGGUAGAAGAAGAGAUAUGGAGGAUGCGGUUGCGAUUCAUCCUUCUUUUGUUCGGAAGCAAACGGAGUUUUCUCGAGCAAGAUGGCACUAUUUUGGAGUUUACGACGGUCACGGCUGUUCUCAUGUUGCUUCGAGAUGUAAAGAAAGACUUCACGAGCUAGUGCAAGAGGAAGCGCUCUCGGACAAGAACGAAGAGUGGAAGAAGAUGAUGGAGCGUAGCUUCACGCGCAUGGACAAGGAAGCUGUUCGUUGGGAGGAAACCGUGAUGAGCGCUAACUGCAAGUGCGAGCUUCAAACACCAAACUGCGACGCUGUCGGAUCCACCGCUGUUGUUUCCGUCAUUACCCCGGGGAAGAUUAUUGUAGCGAACUGUGGUGAUUCUAGAGCAGUUCUUUGUCGGAAUGGAAAACCAGUUCCUCUAUCUACAGAUCACAAGCCGGAUCGUCCAGACGAGCUGGACCGGAUCCAAGAAGCAGGGGGGCGAGUGAUAUACUGGGAUGGUCCAAGAGUCUUGGGCGUUUUAGCCACGUCACGAGCCAUCGGAGACAACUACUUGAAACCGUACGUGAGCUCGGAGCCGGAAGUUACGGUGACUGAUCGUACCGAAGAAGACGAGUUUAUGAUUCUUGCUAGCGAUGGGCUAUGGGACGUAGUAACGAACGAGGCAGCGUGUGCGACGGUGCAAAUGUAUCUUAACAAAAAAGGUGGACGUGGAGAAGGAAGGCGGAGAGAAGCUACGGAGGGUGAAGAAAGGAAAGAUGAGGAGGUGGUGGGGUCAAGGAAGAACGGGAAGAGAGGAGAGAUCACGGACAGAGCAUGUACGGAGGCGUCAGUGUUGCUGACGAAGCUGGCCUUAGCGAAGCAUAGUAGCGAUAACGUAAGCGUUGUUGUUAUUGACCUCAGCAGAAGAAGAAAAAGACACGUUGCUUGACACGAAUCUCAUCACUCCACCGUCUUUUCUUCUUUAAAUAUGAUUCUUUUGUUUUUGGAGGUUUCAUUUUGGGACGAAGGCAUCUCAGAUCAGAUCUUCUCCCAACCCAAAAAGAGAGAAUGCAUUAGUUGGAAAAACAAAAACUCGGUUAAUCAAGAACGGUUAAACCGGGUGGUAUGGUUUGUUCUGAACCAUCUUUUUGUUGCCUUUUUUCGUUUUGUGUAAUAGACGAACAAAAAAGGAAGACGGGAUGUGUCACCUGUCUUGGUGGAAUCAGUUCAAAAUUGAAUAAAUAAAAAAGCAUGUACAUA